ACAGCUGUAGCAGAAAAAUAUAAACAACAGAGACAGAGAGAGAAGCAGCGGAGGCGCAUGUAGAGGCUUCAUCUCUGAAAAACGACUUUAAAAUCGACCAGAACUCACCACCGGCGGCUAGAUAGGAAGAAAUUACGUGUAUUAUUUCUACCACAGUGAAGGAGGGUCUGUGAGAACUGAGGAACAAGCCAUGGGUCGAAUCUUCCUGGACCACAUCGGGGGCACGCGGCUUUUCUCCUGCGCCAACUGCGACACCAUCCUGACCAAUCGCUCUGAGCUCAUCUCAACUCGGUUCACUGGAGCCACAGGCAGGGCCUUCCUGUUCAACAAGGUGGUGAAUCUGCAGUACAGCGAGGUACAGGAUCGCGUGAUGUUGACGGGACGGCACAUGGUGCGAGACGUUAGCUGUAAGAACUGCAACAGUAAGCUGGGCUGGAUCUACGAGUUUGCCACAGAGGACAGCCAGCGCUACAAAGAGGGACGGGUCAUCCUGGAGAGGGCGCUGGUGCGAGAGAGUGAGGGCUUUGAGGAGCACAUCCCGUCAGAUGCUUCUUGAAAGCAGGAUCCAAAGCCCCAGUCUCUCCAGUCGGGUGGACCUUCUUCACUACCUGCUCUUCACUAUGGUGUACCGAGGCUUUGUGGUCAUGUUUAAUAUCUAUGCCCAGGUAACCUUCAGUAUGUGUGUGUUUGUGUGUGUGUGUGUGUUUGCAGGGCUGCAUCUUUGCCCACUCGUACCUUCCUACGCUAAAAACAUCAGAGCUUAAGAUGUGAGUAUGCGAUAUGAGCACACAGAACAAAACACAGAGCACCCCAAAGCCCUUCAGAGUGGGCUUCUUGGUAUCUUAGUGGUCCAAUGCUGUACUGCACAUGUUCCACAGCUUCAGAGUACAUGUACUGCACCUUUCAGCUCCUCUUAUCUCCUCAGUGGUGUUUACAGUGUCGUGCUCCAUCUCACUUGGCCGUAGUAUUUGUGGUUGCUCUGCGGUGGUGCUCAUUUCAUUGUGGUCAGGAGGAGGAACCUGGUUGGACUGAGAAAGUUCCUGAAUGUUUCUUUUUGACCUGUAGGCCCAAAAGUGAAUGUAAUCGCACUGCUUUUGGUCUGUGGUGGAAAGUACCCCAGGCAAACCAUAAUAACUCCACCUAAAUUUACAAAUUUGGGAUGUCUAGACUUAGACAAUGUACUACUAAUGAGCUACUAAUGAUGUCUGGAAAAGCCUAAAACACUGUAGAUUAGAACCAGGUCCAGUUCUAAUUGUGAGGAUCUACCACCCUGAGGAGGGUUUUUUUUUUUUUUUAA